GCGAGCACGCGUGGUCUCGCGUGGUCUUGGCUGUAGGAGCAAAAAGAGAGGGAAGGAAAAAGGGCACAUACAUACCUUAAUACCUGUCGUUACGAUGGAUGGACGGAUGGAAUGGAUUUCAACGGCGGUUUUACGGACGAGGAAGCUCAGCAAAGAUGAACUGAGCAAUCUUCAUACACAACCCAAUUGUAUUGCACGCAUUUCUGGCAAAUACCGACGAAGCGAAAUCAACAAACCUCGAACGUUUUACUUCCUUUUUUAUACUUAUAAAUAAGAGCAAUCAUCUUCAUUGAAAUUUGGCAUACAAAGCUCUCACAGUGACUGCCAAUUCGUUCUUCCUAAUGCAUCAC